AUGGCCAGAUCUUCGGUUCCGUGGGGGGUGCUCAGGAAGCCGCUGUAUGUGCAGGCCCGGUACCUGCACAUGAAGUACCUGUUCUUCUCGUGGCUCGCGGUGUUCGUGGGCAGCUGGAUCGUCUACGUGGAGUAUUCUUCUUACACUGAACUGUGCAGAGGACACGACUGCAAAAACUCUAUUUGUGACAAAUACAGAAAGGGGGUGAUUGACGGCUCGGCCUGCAGCAGCCUCUGUGAGAAGGACACUCUGUACCUGGGAAAGUGCUUCACAGUCAGACCCAACAGCCAGGUGUAUGCUGGGAGCUGGGUGGACCUGGAGGCAGUGAUCAAGUGUCAGCUGGACGACGGCCCUCGAUACGACUUAACGAACGAGCCGCGCAGAGAGAUGGCCUCCUACGACAAGCCGCCCAAAGGCACCUCUGUGGAGAAGUUCAGAGAGAUGAUCUACCACCAUCUCAAGGCCAAACUUGGGGAACAGCCCAACCUCUUAGAUCUGGCGACCCAAGUCCUGUCUAUCGCAGACGCCAACAAAGACGGGCACAUCUCUCUUCCCGAGGCUCGUUCCACCUGGGCCCUUCUCCAACUCAAUGAGUUCCUCCUGGCCUUGGUUCUGCAGGACCGUGAGCACACACCGAAGUUACUGGGCUUUUGCGGAGACUUGUCUACGCAGACGCAUGGACCAAUGGUUUACCCCAUCGUGGCCACACAAGGCUAA